AUAACUUGUAUUAACGUUAAGUUGUUCUAGAGUCUAGACUUUAGGGGUUGGGAAGGGGAACUGAGGAAGAAGCAAGAAAACCAAGGCAUGGAAGAGAAACUGCGCCAAGUUUUAAUGGAGCACGAUCUCACUGUUUCAGUUCUACCAGAUAAAGGCCGUUCUCUUUUCACCACCAAGAAUUUAUCUCCAGGAGAGGUGAUUAUAAGACAAGAACCUUACAUUUCCGUGGCAAAUUCCUCAAAAUGUGAAGUUUGUUUUACGCCUGUGAAUGUGAAGAAGUGCACUGGUUGUCAUGUUGUGUGGUAUUGUGGGAGUACAUGCCAGAAAGCAGAUUGGAAAUUGCAUCGUGUUGAAUGCCAGACACUCUCAAAGCUUGAAAAGGAGAGGCUUAAGUACCUUACAUCCUCUAUACGCUUGAUGGUAAAGCUCUAUUUGAAAAGAAAGCCGCAGGAACAAAAGGUUAUGCCAACUACUUUGACGGACAACUAUAAUGCGGUGGAGGCCUUGAUAUCUCAUAUGUCUGAGCUUGAUGAAAAGCAACUGGUUUUAUAUGCACAGAUGGCCAACCUUGUUAGUGUGAUACUUCAGUGGCCUGGCCUGGAUUUGAAAGAAAUUGCAGAAAACUUUUCCAAGCUUUCUUGCAAUGCACAUACUAUCUGUGAUCAAGAACUUAGACCACUGGGUACAGGAUUAUAUCCUGUAGUAGCUAUCAUCAAUCACAGUUGCUUGCCGAAUGCUGUAUUGAUAUUUGAGGGAAGAACAGCUGUGGUUCGUGCUGUGCAACAUAUACCUAAAGGUACUGAGGUUGAAAUAAGUUAUAUAGAAAUUGCUGGAAGCACCAUGACUCGGCAAAAGGCUUUGAAAAAACAGUACUUCUUUAGUUGUUCAUGUCCUCAUUGCAUGAAGCAGGGCCAAUCUGAGGAUAUUGAAGAAAGUGCUAUUUUGGAAGGUUAUAGGUGUGAUGUUGAUACAUGCAAAGGUUUUUUGCUCCGGGAUCCAGAUAAAAAGGCAUUCAUAUGCCAACAAUGUGGCUGUUUGAGGAAUCUGGAAGAUAUUAAACAGAUUUCGAGUGAAGUGAAAACUUACUCUGAAAAGGCUGCAAAUUCCCUUAGCUCAGGAAACUAUGAAGAAGCUGGUUCUUUAUAUAAGAUAGUUGAGGAGCUACAGUUAAAAUUAUGCCAUCCUCUAUCACUUAAUCUGAUGCGGACACGAGAUAGUCUGCUGAAGAUAUUCAUGGAGCUGAGCAACUGGAAGGAUGCGUUGGCCUAUUGUAGGAUGACGAUUCCUGUUUAUGAACGGGUCUACAUUGGUUGUCAUCCUAUGCUUGGACUGCAGUACUACACGUGCGGAAAACUUGAAUGGUUACUUGGGGAGACUGAGAACUGUAUCAAAUCACUAACAAAGGCUCUGGAUAUAUUGCGAGUCACCCAUGGGACAAGCACAGUGUUUGUGAAGGAGCUGAUUGUCAAGCUGGAAGAAGCUCAUGCUGAGGCCGCUCUUAAAAAUAAACCUCUUGAUGGGUGAUGUCUCUCUUCAAUUAUUAGAAGCUAGAAUAUCCUGCCUACUGAGAAGAUUGGUUUUUUGGUUUGGUGUUUGUUCUGUAUUGAAAAAACCUUGUUCUUGCAAAUCUUUACAAAAUUGUAAGCAUAAAACCAGCAAUUGAAAUUUGCAUUUGACAUUUCCUUUGCUCCUCUAGCUUAGCUUCGCUACUGGCUUCAUUUUUUGUACUCGCUUACCUAGUAGACGAUUUGGACAUAGAUGCUUUUAUGGAUCGAUCCUUUUGGUAAUUGGUAUCCUCAAUAGUAAUGCUAAUACUAUUGUGCUCUCAA